CUACUAAGGAAAUUAAGAUUAAAAUCAAAAGAUUCAUUGAAACCAGUAUUAAUGAGUAUAUGACUUUCCAUAACCUGUGGGACACAGCAAAGGCUAUCAGAUCAGGAAAAUUUGUAGCAAUUAGUUCACAUAGGAAAAAGAUGGAAAGAGGAACUAAAGUGGGCCCACCAAAUUCUUCUCUGGAGUUUAUGGCACCUGCUAUAGACAUGAUGACUGUGUUUGAGUCUAGCUUUUUUGUCUAUCAUGCUGUGUAUGUGGUGGCCCAAAUUCUUCAUGAGAUGCUUUUUCAGAUCACAGAAAUGGGACCUCCAGAAGAUGGAGACCAGCCUGUGAUUCUUCCCUGGCAGCUUCAUCCAUUUCUGAGGAAAAGCCAAUUUAUGCAUAAUACUGGAUACAACCUGUCCCUAGGAAAAAAAAGAAACCAUGAUGAACAAUAUGGUAUCUACAACUUAGUGAGGUUUCCUAAUGAGAAUUUCACCAGUUGGCUGCUGGUUAAAAUAGGAGACUUUAUUUACAGAAACCCCUAUGAUCAAGACUUGAUCAUCAAUGAAGAGAUGAUAAAAUGGCCUGUUAGUUUCAAAGAGACUCCUGAAUCUGUGUGUAGCCAAAGCUGUGGUCAUGGACUCCAGAAAAUUUACCAAAGAGGAAGACCUGAUUGUUGCUUUAUUUGUGUUUCUUGCCCAGACAGAGGCAUUUCAAAUCAAACAGAUGCAGAGGAGUGUAUCCAAUGCUUAGUUCAAGAGUAUCCAAACAGUGAGAGAACACAAUGCCUCCCCAAACCUGUGAUAUUCCUGGAUUUUGAGGAUUCUUUGGGGAUAGCCAUGGCCUGCAUGGCUCUGUGUUUCUCUGUGGUCACAGCUAUAAUUUUGGGGGUCUUUGUGAAGCACCGAGACACUCCUAUAGUCAAGGCCAAUAACCAGGCUCUCACUUUCAUCCUGCUCAUCUCUCUCCUCUUCUGCUUCCUCUGCUCUCUGCUGUUCAUUGGCCAUCCUAACACAGCCACCUGCAUCCUCCAACAAGUGACAUUUGCCCUUGUGUUCACCAUAGCCAUUUCCACUGUUUUGGCCAAAACCAUUACUGUGAUUCUAGCAUUUAAGGCUAUGAAGCCUGGAAGAAUACUGAGGUACUUCCUGCUAUCAGGAGCUUCCAACUCUGUCAUUCCCAUUUGCUCCCUGAUCCAAGUGAUUAUCUGUGUGAUCUGGCUGGGAACUUCUCCCCCUUACAUUGACAUAGACUUACACACUGAGCCCAGAAGCCUCAUCAUCAUGUGCAACAAGGGCUCAGUCACUGCCUUCUACUGUGUCCUGGGAUACCUGGGCAUCUUGGCUCUGGGGAGUUUCACUGUGGCUUUCCUGGCCAGGAACCUGCCUGACACAUUCAAUGAAGCCAAGUUCCUCACAUUCAGCAUGCUGAUGUUCUGCAGUGUUUGGAUCACAUUCCUCCCUGUCUACAACAGCACCAAGGGGAAGGUGAUGGUGAUUGUGGAGGUUUUCUCUAUCUUGGCUUCCAGUGCAGGGCUCCUUGCCUGCAUCUUUGGCCCCAAGUGCUACAUUAUUCUAAUAAGACCUGAUAAGAACUCCUGGAAAACUUUGAAAAAUAGAAGAGGUCCUGGAGAAAACAGGCAUUCUAAGAUUUGA